AUGAAAUCGAUCCCAUCCACCAUUAAAAUAAUAAUCCUCAUAAGUGUGUUACUCAUAAAUACAUUCAAGACAAGUAAUAAACAUUUCUGCUAUUCGUUUAUCAACGUGAACCAAAUUGACCUUUCACCAUGGUCUUUAAAACACAUCCCAUUGAAAGAAGCAACAAAAAAAUUGAGAAAAGUAAAUCUGAAGAGAAGAUGUAAAUAUCGUGAUGCAUACGUAAGGAUUGGCAAAGAUUACAUACCUUUUGGAUACAGCAAUGCCCAUGUGCAAGAUAAGAAACUAACAUUUGGAAAUACAGAAAAAGGGUACUUAAAGAAGAAAUACACACAAUUGAAUAAUCUUUGUGAGGCAUCAUCAGUAGAACUUAAUCUGAGUGAUAGCACGGAGAAAGAUACAAAGGGUUUGAUUAAUACACCGAAUAAAUGUGACAAGGGUGGAGAGGCAAAUGGUGGGAAAGCAAAUGGUGGAGAAGCAAAUGUUGGAGAGGUAAAUGGUGGAAAAGCAAACGGAGUAGCCUUUGUUAGCACGCCCGUGUACUACGGAAAUGACAAGCCACACAUAGGACAUGCAUACUGCAACAUCCUGAGUGAUACAAUAUGUCGAUUCUUAAAAUGGGAAUGUAAGAAAAGAGACAAGUUCAAAGUUGUUUUAUUUUCUGGAAUGGAUGAACAUGGCUUAAAAAUUGAAAAAAAAUCAAAAGAAAUGAAUAUAAGAAGUAUUGAACAUAUUAAUAAUAUGUGUAAUUAUUACAAAAUGAUGAAUGAGAAGUUAUAUGUGCAUACUGACAUAUUUUAUAGAACAUCAAACAAAUUCCACAAAAGUUUUGUACAGUGUGUUUGGAAUUAUUUAAUUCAAAAUGGCUAUAUAUACAAAGAUGUAUAUAAAGGAUAUUACGACAUUAAUGAAGAAAAAUAUCUGAACGAUUUCGAAUUAAAAAAAAAAAAUAAAAUAAAUAAUCCUAAUGUUAUAUACAUUGAAGAAGAAAAUUGCUACUUUUUUAAUAUUCUAAAGUUUCAAAAUUUUUUAAUUCAUUUUUAUCAACAUAAUAAAUCGGUUAUCUACCCCACCUACUUACAGAAAGAUAUUCUUCAUUUCAUAAAAAAUGAUUUGAAAAAUAUUUGUAUAAGUAGGUAUAACACUAAAUGGGGAAUAAAUAUACCGAAUGAACAGAAGGGCACUAUAUAUGUAUGGUUUGAUGCACUUCUGUCUUAUGUAUCUUCUGUUCUAUACAAAGUUAAGAAGAAAAGGCUAGUUAGAAAAAGCGAACAUAUUCAGCUCGAGUCAGAUGAUGCCAGAAGUACGUGCAGUUCAGUAUCGGCAUGUAAACCCGCAUCCUCUUACAAAUCUUCUCUCGCUUCCAACCAGCUAGAUAUGGAAGAUGAAGAAAUUGUGUGUUCACACGAAGAUAUUCUCAGUAUGGUGGAGAAAAAGCAACAGUGUAGUGAGGAGGAGGAUGAUGAUGAUAGUGUUCACGACGAGAUGCGUGGUUCAAACCAUUGCAAUGACACAAAUGGGAAUAAUGGGUGGCAUCAUUCCAACAAAAUAAAUAAAAGUGAUUGCACUGUUUCUAACAUUUUUGAAAAGGAAUGGAAUCCAUUUGUGCAAAUUAUUGGAAAAGAUAUUUUAAAAUUUCAUGCAAUUUUUUAUAUUUGUUUAUUGAAAAGUUUGAAUUUAAAAUUUCCACAAAAAAUAUUAUGUCAUGGGUUAUUAAAAAGCGAGAAUGUCAAAAUGUCAAAAAGUGUAGGUAAUGUGAUUAGUCCAUUUGAUAUUUUAAAAAAAUAUGAACCAGAUAUUAUUCGCCUUUACUUCUUUGGUAGUGGAAACAUUUAUGAAGAUAAAAAUUUUAAAGAAACACAUUUAGAAUCUUUUCAACUUUUUGUUCGAAAUAAUAUCGGGAAUUUACUAUACCGAGUUGUUUCCCUUUGUCUUGAUAAUAGUUAUGAAUAUAUUUUCAAAAUUGAAGAAAAUGAUUUUUUUCAUUAUACCAUUUUACGUGAAUGUGAAAAUGUCAAAACGAAAUUAAUCACUUUAAUUCAUAAUUUCGAAUAUCCUCUUUUUCUUGAAAAUUUAAUGACACUCAUAAAGAAGGUGAAUAAAUUUUUCGUUCAUAGGGAGCCAUGGAAUUAUACAAAAGAUUCAAUUAAGUUUAAUAAAAUCAUUUAUGAAACUUUGGAAUGCAUAAAAUUUUUUUCCGUUUUCUUACACCCCAUUAUACCUCGUACCUCUGUAGCCAUUUUUCAGAAUAUUGGUUUGAAUAUCUCUCCCCAAGGGAUUAUUACUUUGGACAUGUUGGAUAACCCAACCGAGAAAUUUGUGUUAACUAAAUUGAUAAAGAUUGUUUGA